AUGAGGCAACUUCGGCAACAGCAAAGCUUGGAGCAUCGGUUGUUGGAACGACGGUACGAAGAGUUGGCUGAAAGUCGGCGACAAGCCGAAGCGGCUCGCAAAGCGGCAGCCGAAGAAGAACGUUUGGCCGAUUUGGCAUCCGAUCUCCUUCUCCGGUAUCUUCUCCGUGGUCCCGGUGCUGCCGUAGCCGAGGAUAAGAGAUCAGAAGAGGCUGAGCCAGAUGAUGACUUGCCAGAUGGUGAUGGGAUCCCAUCGGAGAUCAAUGAUGGGUUGGAAGUCAAUGGGGGGUUUGAAGGUGAUGGCUUGGAGGGCAACGGGGGCUUGGAGGGUGACGGCUUGGAGGUCAAUGGGGGCUUUGAAGGCAAUGGGGGCUUGGAAGACAACGAGAUCCUACCAAGGGGCAACGAGAUCCUACCCAGGGGCAAUGAGAUGCCACCAGGGGCCAACGAGAUCCCACCGGGGGCCAACGAGAUCCCAGCAGGAUCCAACGAGAUCCCGCCGCAGGAUCCGGCCGACGUCGAUGACCUUGAUCCCGGCACCAUUGACCAGUUGAUUGAGCUUUCCAGCAAACUCCACCUCCCAGCCGAUGAUGUGGUAGACAUCAUCCAUGAUGUCGAGCAGAAACGCAAGAAAGAAGCAACUGUGGGGGCCCCCCCAAGGCUCAUCCGACCCCCCCGACCCCGAAUCCGACCCUUUCCCAUCUCCAAUCAUCUCUCGGCCCGGACUUUCCUACCGCCCCCCCGCCGUCCCCCCCCACCUCUGCAGGAUCGGGAGCUGCAGAAUUAUCUGGAGAGGGUUUUGGGGGGACCCCCCCGGGGGUACCCAUGA